GGCUGCAAAUACAGCAGAUGUGUUUGUUGUGCAUUUCAGUGCUGUCUAGACUUUCUGUUACCAAAGCCAUACAGAACUGAACUUCUGCAUUUUUCUUUGGUUUGGCAUUUUCCAGUUAGUUUUGUAGGGCAAUCCUGGAGUAGUGGAACUAAACAGAGAUGAAAUGGAGAAGACAAGGAAACUGGGCUCAGUGAAAAAUGAGGACCAGUUUUAUCAUCAGGGUGCUGUGGAGCUGCUGGUCUUUAACUUUUUGCUCAUCCUUACGAUACUCACCAUUUGGCUGUUCAAAACCCACCGAUUCCGCUUUCUGCAUGAAACGGGAGGCGCCAUGGUUUACGGUCUCAUCAUGGGACUAAUUUUACGGUAUGCUACAGCACCAUCUGAUUUUGAAAAUGGAACUGUCUACGACUGUGAGAAGCUGGAGGCUGGCCUGCCCACUCUGCUCGUCAACAUAACCAAUCAAGUAUAUGAAUAUCAAUAUAAAAGGGAAAUUAGCCAGCAUAAUGUCAACGCACACCAAGGCAAUGUGAUGCUACAAAAGAUGACAUUUGAUCCUUCAAUCUUCUUCAAUGUUUUAUUACCUCCCAUUAUAUUUCAUGCCGGAUACAGUUUAAAGAAAAGACAUUUUUUUCGUAACUUGGGAUCAGUUUUAACAUACGCCUUCUUGGGAACUGCCAUCUCUUGUAUUGUUAUAGGGUUGAUAAUGUAUGGCUUUGUGAAGGCCAUGGUCCAUGUCAACCAGCUGAAGAAUGGUGACUUUCACUUUACGGACUGUUUAUUCUUUGGGUCUUUGAUGUCUGCUACAGAUCCAGUGACAGUCCUGGCUAUUUUCCAUGAGCUUCAUGUUGAUACAGAUCUCUACACCCUCCUUUUUGGUGAGAGUGUCCUAAAUGAUGCUGUGGCUAUCGUUCUCACAUAUUCAAUAUCAAUUUACAGUCCCAAGGAGAAUCCCAAUGCUUUUGAUGCUGCUGCCUUCUUCCAGUCAGUGGGGAAUUUUCUAGGGAUCUUUGCCGGAUCGUUUGCUAUGGGGUCUGCCUAUGCAGUUGUCACUGCUUUAUUGACAAAGUUUACCAAGCUAUGUGAGUUCCCUAUGUUGGAAACUGGCCUGUUCUUCCUUUUGUCCUGGAGUGCCUUCUUGUCUGCAGAAGCUGCUGGUCUUACAGGAAUAGUGGCAGUCCUUUUUUGUGGAGUCACACAGGCCCAUUAUACAUACAACAAUCUGUCAGCAGAUUCCAAAAUGAGAACUAAACAGCUGUUCGAGUUCAUGAAUUUUUUGGCUGAGAAUGUUAUCUUCUGCUAUAUGGGACUAGCAUUAUUCACUUUCCAAAACCACAUCUUCAAUGCACUGUUCAUAUUUGGAGCAUUUGUGGCCAUUUUUAUAGCAAGAGCCUGUAACAUAUACCCACUUUCCUUCAUUCUCAACUUGGGCCGAAAACAAAAGAUCCCCAGGAAUUUUCAGCAUAUGAUGAUGUUCUCGGGUUUACGUGGUGCAAUAGCAUUUGCACUGGCUAUACGGGACACAGAAUCUCAACCGAAGCAAAUGAUGUUUACAACUACUUUACUAAUUGUGUUCUUCACAGUCUGGGUGUUUGGAGGAGGCACUACACCAAUGCUUACAUGGCUCCAGAUCAGAGUUGGUGUAGAUCCAGAUGAGGACCUGAAGGCAGAAAUUGCUACUCAGACUGUAAAUAACCUGGAUAAAAACACAACCAAAGCAGAAAGUGCCUGGCUUUUCAGAAUAUGGUAUGGAUUUGAUCAUAAAUAUUUGAAGCCCAUUCUCACCCACUCUGGGCCACCACUUACGACAACUUUACCAGAAUGGUGUAAUCCUGUGGCCAGAUUAUUGACUAGCCCUAGAGCAUAUGGGGAGCAACUAAAGGAUGAUGAUAUGGACUUGAUUGUCAAUAAUGAUGAACUGGCAAUGAAUUGUGCAGCCUCAGACCUUUCUCCACUGCCAGCACAGAGCAGAAUAGAUUCACCUCAGCCUCUAGGUGAAGAAAACAUUUAUGAAGGAGACCUCGGCCUAGGCGGAUAUGAGCUCCGAUCUGAACUUGCUCCAGGUCAAUCCCAGUCGAUUUCCUCAGCCUGACAUCCAAUGGAAAUGUAUAUCUCAAGCAGUGCAGAGAUCUCAGAAGGAACAGAAGCCAUGUUUAUUAUGCAGACUUGGUGAGAAGCUUGAAAACGUAUUAAGGGCAUAAAUUGAAAAGAAGCAAAACCUUGCUGAAACUAUCCCUGGAGCCUGAAGGAAUUAGAAUUUAUUACCAUCCCUAUAUAUUACACAACUACAUUUAAUUUUUCUGACAGUGGCAAUUCUUAAUAAUGGAAUCGAGGGCACCAUCUGUCUGCUACUGGGACGUUACACAUGCACUCAUAGUCUCUGAUCAUGCUUCAUCAUUCCCUUUCCUAUCUCACAUACGCACAAAGGCCUUUGAAUGUUAUUCUUCUAAUUAAUUCAAUAGGCAAGACAGAUGGGAAUUUGGUUAACUAGUACAUGCUCCAAAGAUCACAGGCAUUUUUACACUGUUGCUCCCUUGCCUCACUGUCCCGAGGUACAAGGUGGACAAUUCUUCCGUACAAGCUUGAAGGGGCGUUAUUUUCCCAUCGCUGAUGCAAAGCUUUUUACGUCUUGCAGUCAAGUGGCAUUUUGCCCACAAAGGGUUAAUAAUGUAGUGCAAAGAAACAGGGCAUUGAUGUAUGAGCUGUUGAGCCUAAAGAGAUCAAUAACAGAGGCCUUGAUAUUAUUAUUUUGAUUGAGCACGAUUGAUGUUGUAGACAGCAAUUAUGUUUCCUUCUCCAAACCAUUUGUCGCCACUUCUGUGCAGUAGGUUCAUAAUGCAAAGCCUGUGUGCUGGCCUUGAGCCAUCUUUCAGCAGAUGCUAAUGUUCUGAAUUUACUUCUGCUGUGUGUGUGUGUGUGUGUGAGAGAGAGAGAGAGAGAGAGAGAGAGAGAUCAUUGCAUUCAUGAUUUUCACAAGAAGGUGAGCAACGUUAUACCCAUUCUAGAUUCUCAGAUGUCAUAGUGAAUCAUAUGGCCCCAGGCACAUGACCCUCUGCAUGUGGCAUGGCCAAAUGCUCAUCUGAGUAAUCAGAAAAAAUAUCAUAAGCUCAUGAGCAUCUUUGUAAAUCUUUGGGGUAGCACACCAAAGAAAGGUUUGUGGUCUUGAAGACAUUUUUGCAUGACCCACCUGAAGGAACUGUGUACACUGAAUAAAUAAUCUAUCAAGGGCCUGUUCAUUAAACUGUGAAAGUGAGUGACCCUGAAAGCACAGAACAAUAUAUAAGGGAGGGAAGCACAGUCUCGUGGAUAAAAUGCUUGUUCCUAUAUAAGGCUAUGGAGAGAGUUGCUAAAUGUCUUCCAGGACAUGCUCUGCUAUCUUUCUUUUUGAACUCCAUGAUGGACAGCUUUUUCUGACCCAGCUGGCAGAUUUGCAGACCCUUGCCUGUACAGGAAAAUACCCUGCUCCUCAUAGUGUUCAGUGCCUGGUGGGAUAAGGGGUGGCUCAUGACCAUAAGCAGUUCUGAGAGAGCCACAACAGGCUACCAAGGAAGUAGGUAUUUCAUAGGAUGGAGCGAUUAGGUUAUGUCUGCAGUUGAGUGUUCUCACUUCUCUGUGAUUGUUUACAAUGCACUGUAUGGUUGCCUUUCUUCCAGUAUUAGAAGAGCAUGUGAUGUCUACAAGUAUCCAGCUCUUCUGGGGCCUUUUAGACAUGCGAUUUUGUUUCUAUCCUAGGCCAUUCUAGAUCCUCUUGCAAUUUUUAUCCAAAAAAACAAAUGUAACAUGUUUUGUAAAUCUAUUUUCAUCUGUACCAAACAUACUUAAGUGUAAAUCAAUCUUAUUGCAUUGUUCUGUUAUUUUAAAUCAUGGAUAUCAUGUCUUUAGCAUAUUUGUACCAUUUUUCCAUAACAUUGGAACAGGGGUAGACAGAAGGAGGAUUAAGUAGACAAUGAAGUUAUGAAGCACCAAAGAGUUUCUGACUGUAGGUAACAUUCCUCAUAUCUGAGGGGGGAUGUUCUUGCACAAAUCUAUAGUGAAAUGAGGAGAAUCAGUGAAAUCUUCUUCUUUGUACAGUUUGUACACUUCUUUGGACAGUUUUACACUCAUAUGAAAUGUUUUCAAAUGUUUUCAAAGCAAAAAGUAUAUGUGCUGCAUCAUGUACCUGAAAUCAUCAAUGGCUGACAUACAGACCAAGGAUGCAACAGUGCAAUGAGAGAUGCCCCAGUGCAGUGAACAUUCUAACUGCAAUGGGAAAGUGACCAUUUUUGACAACUUCCUCUUCCUCAGGAAGCCCUGUGUGCCUGCAGAAAAUAUGUCCCCGAAGGCUUUAGAACCCUCAAGGAAAUAUUUUCAGGUGGCACAGUGGGCUGCCUAUGGAAAGGGAUGGUAUGUUAGGGAUGUGCCUAAACUAUAGUUUGAAGCACAGUUCAAGCACUUUGGGAGGAAUUAAAAAGGGGAAUUUAAGAAAAAGGAGAACAGGUGCUUACCUGCCCUCCGCCACUCCUUCCAGCUUCCUGCUGGGGUGGCGCUGUUCCCAAAAAGUCCCAUGCACC